AUGGCUGACUACUUAGAUCAGCUUUUUGACAGUGACUCGGAUGAGUCCGAGUUUUCUGGUUUCUCAAAGUUUGACUCUGAUAUUGAAGUCGGUGAUUUGUCUGAUGAUGACAUUAUUCCCGAUGCCGAGGCUGCAGAUGAUAAUUGGACAGAUGACUUCAGUCCAUUGAGGGUGCGUCUACACAAAAUAUAUGACUACACAAAAAUUAUAACUUUGAUGAGUUCAACGAGCAGCCGGGAGCCAGAAAGAUUCAAUGUGGACACAGCCACUUCCAUGGAUUACUUUGGGCUGCUGUUCUCUCAGCAGCUGCUUCGGUCCAUUGUGGCGCAUACCAAUGGUUACUUCCCUUGGAAGAUGGCACAGCCGGACAUACCAACGGACCUUAAAUGGCAGGACACAACAGAAGAAGAGAUGAGGGCAUUCCUGGCCAUCAACAUCCUGAUGGGAAUCAACCAGCUCCCCAAUGCCGAGAUGUUCUGGUCGUCCAAUCCCUUCAUCAACAAUGCUGGAAUCACCAACACCAUGACAUGCAACAGGUUCCAGAAGCUGGUGCAGUACUUCCAUGUUGCGGACCGGUCGACUGAGCCAGGAAGGGGAGAGCCAGGAUACGACAAACUCUUCAAGGUGCGACCUGUCAUGGAGAGCGUCAGCCGAACAUUCCAGGACAUCUACACACUCAACAAGGAGGUCUCCAUUAACGAGGCCAUGAUUGCGUUUACCGGCCGCCUCAGCUUUAGACAGUAUAUGUCCGCCAAGCCGAUCAAGAGGGUAAUCAAGGUGUGGAUGCUCUGCGAUGCCAGGACAGCCUUCCUUGCUCGUUUUGAGGUAUACCUUGGGCGACAGAACAACCAGACGGAACACGGACUUGGCCACAACGUUGUGAUGAGGCUAGUGGACCACAUCUACCACUCCUUCCGUUGGUUGUUCUUCGACAACUUCUUCACAGGUAUACCUCUCAUGAAGGAACUCCUGGAGAAGGGCCUCUACGCCUGCGGGACUGUCAGGGUCAACAGGAAGGGAUUCCCGAGCCAGUUGAAGAAGCCAGCAGAGGUACGCCAGCGCAGAGACUUCAAGAUCAUGCAGAUGGGCGACACCAACCUGACUGCCACUGUGUGGAAGGACAAGCGACUUGUUCAUCACUUGUCCACGUUGUGGGACCCUAUACCGUCAUUUUACCUGUACAGCGACGAUGUGGAGCAAACGUCAUGCAGCUACAGUCGCCACACAGUGUGA